GCUUUAUACAUCUCAGGUUCACUGAAAAAUGUUUUAUACUUUUUCUCUAUUGAGUUUUUGCUUAGGUGAUUCCCCUAACGAAAAACGUCUGUAUUUUAAUGACGUCAUUAUUGAUUUUAUAAACGUGAAGAUGACGUUUUCUAUCAAACCAACCAAUAAUUGUGUCCCAAUGUUCGGCAAAGCUGAACAAGGGGAGUGGGUGGCCGAUUAUUCAUUCGUGUUCGGAGCCGAUCCCCAACCAGGAAUGAUUCACGCAAAGUUGAGGGGUGGUGAUGGCAGCGAAUGGGACGAAGAGAUUCUACUUGUAGAUAAAUUUGUAGAAGCUGUCAAUCAAAUCAACCCAGAGUUUGUUUUUCUUGGUGGUGACAUCACUAAUGCUUAUCCAGGUGACAACCUUCGUGAACUACAACUCAAAAGUUUAAGCAAAUCUUUUAAAUCAUUGAAGCGUGACAUUCCCAUCCUUGUUGCCCCCGGUAACCAUGAUAUCGGGGAUGUCCCUACACCGGAAUCAGUUGGAAUGUACACGUCUGUUUUUGGGGACGAUUAUUACAGUUUCUGGGUGGGUGGGGUCUUCUACAUAGUGAUCAACAGUCAGUAUUAUAAGAACGAUUCAGAGACAAAGGAAUUGUCAAACAAACAAUGCAAAUGGUUGGAUGAACAAUUGAAAAGUGCAUCAGGAAGUCGAGUGAUCGUCAUCUCCCAUAUUCCUCCGUUUAUAUCCGAUCCCAUGGAGGAAGACACGAUCUUCAACAUUCCCCUCCACCAUAGGAUUCCACUCAUGGAUAAGUUCGCUACAUCUGGUGUGAAGAUGGUGAUGUGUGGUCAUUAUCAUAGAAAUGGUGGCGGGGUGUGGGGGGAACAGGCUGAGGUAGAAGUGGUUGUGACAUCAUCAAUCGGGGCUCAGCUCGGGAAACAAAAACCUGGAUUCCGAUUGGUUCAUGUGGGGAGAGAUGAAAUACGACAAGAGGUUUAGGUGGUUAAGUUUGUUAAACAAGCAAGAAGUUAAUGGACAAGAUUUCAAUACUUUAAGCAAUGGAACAAACGGGUCGGCUUGCGAGCGACACCCAACGGAGGGGUAUGGACAGCAACAAUGAAUGACGUCAUCACGUGGAUAAAACUCGGCAAAACUUCGUUUGAGUUUAAUGU